AUGUCUGUAAUUUGUACCCGUACCGAAUAAGUUUAUUUGAAAAUGUAAACAAAACACAAGUUUUUGGAUAGCAAAAUAAAUAUUUUUGUUUGUCGCUUUCCCCCUUUUUCUUUUUGUGCUAUAUUUGACAGUGUUUAUUCUAUUAUUUUCCCAGUUCAUUGUUUUCUUUCAUAUAUUACAUUAAUGACGAAAAUGUUAUCUUCACAUAUAACUAAACUAAACCAUCCGUUAAAAGAAAUACGGGAACGUGCUUUCAAACUUUUGAAAGCAAAAUUAGAACUAGGAUGGAAGCUAGAAGAUGAAUUAUCAAAUACCAGAGAAAUGUUAGAGGCUUUGUUAGCUUGGUUUCAUAGCCAGCAGCAACCUACAUUACAACAGGAAGUAAUGCAAUUAUUGCAUACUAUAAUCAAGACUAAAGCUGGGACAUAUAUUUGUAAAGAGUUUGGGAUUGAAAACAUUUUAUCUAGCCUAGAUCAAGUGAAAGGUAAAAUUGAUGACAAUACGUUGGAAAUUUAUGAAGAUGUGAUAGAAACACUCCGCUUUUUAAAUACAGUGGAAUCAGAGGAGAAUGUAAGAGUUCCACGGCUUAUUUUGCCUUCUGGAUCAAGUUUAGAAAGUGAUGAUGCAUCAUCAUGCAGUGGUUAUUAUAACUUGGGACAGAAUUUUCAAUCAUCGAAAGAGACAUCUGUUUCCAAUGAAGAGAUGGAAAACAAUACAACAGAUUUGACAAAGACUACAGAGGGUAUCAGGAUACUUUUAUUUCCCUGGGUGGAGUUAAGUCAAUCGGAUUUGAAGACACUAAUUCUUAUUGAAGAUGCCCUAAGACUGUUAAAGUCCACGAGAAGAUGCUGUCGGUUUAUCCGUGAUGUGUUUUUACGUGACUUUCCCCCCGAAAUUUUUUUAAAUCGACCAAGAAUAAUAAAGAGUUUGCUUUCAAUGUUAGAAGGAGUAAACGGCGGAGGACCAGGCGAAGCUUUGCAAGUACUAUUGUAUAUCACUCGUGCUCUACGUAAACGACUUUUACAAUUUUCCAGUUUAGACUUAACAUAUGAAACCAAUAAGUUUUCAGUGGAGAACAAGGAAUUGGAUGACAAUAUAAAUAUAGAACUUGAGCAUAUUACUAGCGGUGAUGGUGUACUUCAUAUGCCUGAUGAGGAAGAUGGUCUAGCUGCUUUGAUACAACUAUCUACUCCUAUAUACACACUAGACACUUUACAAUCUGUACUAUCCACAAUGGCUAGAAGUGUUGUACUGGUUAACCCUGUUGAAAAGACUGAAGUUUUAGAUUUGAAAGAACUGAACAUACGUUUAAGUUUAGUUGAGUGUCUUGUAAAGUUCUUAAUAGAUUGUGUCAGUGAUAGUUUUUGGAGCAUAGAUCACAAUUCAAAAAUUCUUAGAGACAUAAGCCAUAAAAGUUGCAUGAUUAUGCGUUUACUGGGAGACCUUUUAAUGAAGUACAGAAAAUCUUUUAGUGAAGAUUCAUCAAGAAAACAUCAUCGUGUUGCAUGGUUACGCUUAGUGCAAUGCGCUGAGAAUCUCUUAAGUUGGGCGCAGGAGUCUGCAAUGCCUCCUUCUUCAUUGGUGUUAGCUCUGCAGAUAGCUCAGCUUGAUUCAGGACUGCAGUUGUUAUAUCCGGAAAUAAGUAGAAAAAUCGCAAUAGCUUUGCAGAAUGCGAGAACCUCUGUUGAUCAGGAACACAAAAGCAAAUAUAGAGAGUUAAUAAAAUUAUUUUCUUGUAUGGAAGAUGCUGUUCAAUUUAUGAAAAAUAAGAGCACCUGCCGCGACACCAAGAGAGUUUUAACUUGCAUAAAGAAAUCUCUUCCUGUUUUAGAAUUGCAUCUGAGUGAAACAUAUUUAAAAGAUGUAGGGAAUAUUUUGUUGAACAAAGUGAAAGAUUUUAAUUUGAACGAUAACGAUUGGUCUGUUGCACGCAGUAUUGCUUUAAAGCUUAUGGCCCAUAAAUUAGAUUGGGUGCGAGCAAAAUUUUAUAUAAUGAUGGCGGAUAUGGUGAAAUUAGUGUUAGUCAGUGAUGAUGUCCAACAAUUAGAUAAUGAAAACAGAUUGAUGUUGCUGUGUGAUGUAGAAAUACUAACAGAGAUCUGUUGCCAUGGACUGUCUUCUAAAAUAAAAGAGGUUGAAAGCAGCGCGUCUGAUAUUAUGUUAUACUUACUGCGCGGACGCUUAGUACUGAGUGAGAGUUGUUGGUGGAGACUAUUGGCCAGCCUGCUACCAGUGCUGCCACUCUUGCACGUGUACGCUGCGCAUGACACACAACUAGGUCAAGCGAUUUGGAAAUCUCUGGAAGCUGAGAUAGCAAAUUGUAUGGGAGUGCCAGACGCGGAUGCGCUGUGGGGACGAGUGCGCCUUUUGUUCGUGCGCUGCGUUGCUAUACAGCUUGAAGCCGCACAAUACAUUUGCCAUUCAUUAGAUGACGAAAAAUAUUUACCUCCAAAAGAAGCCUUACGAUCUGAUGUACUUUUGAAUGCUUUAAGAAGAGUAGAAGUUAACGAUUUUAAUAUAGAUUCUUCUAGUUCUCCUUCGAAAACUCCUCAGACAACGGGACUACUACAAAUAUUGGAUGUACUGAAGCAAGAUUUAGUUUUGGACGAAGAUGGUGCUCUACUAAGGAGUCACUCAGGCCGGAUGGCAUUGGAGCCGUCACUGCGCCGUAGCACGCUCCAGCAGUUGGCCGUGAUGAUGAGACAGCAGGAGUUGCACGACACCUUCCUACAACAUGACGGGCUCAGUCUCACUGUUGCUAUACUUAGACUGUCGCUUAUGGUGGAUGAUUAUCUCGCCUUCCCCGAAUGCGCUAUUAGCUGUGUAUCCAUACUAAAUAGUGUCUGUUUUGCUAGUCGCCACAAUUUGAUGAAGAUACCAGACUUGGCGACAUUAUUGAUUAGAGUGAUCCUGGUAUUCCCGGCCCACGAGUCUGUGGUGGCUAUGUCGGCGCAGGUGUUGUCGCUGACAGCGUGGGCGGGUUUCGCGCUACAGGAGCUGUCAGAACGGCGCCGUGUGCCCGCGCUUCCCGCCGCGGUCUACCAGCGAACUGUGCUACCAUUCGUCGCCAGCACUUACUGGCAUACCAGUCCCAAUGCAGAGCAUUCUUCUAUAGAAUGGCUACUUAGUGAGGAGUCAUGGCGAGCCGCAAUCCGCGUUCGUUGGUGGUGCAGCUAUUAUAAUGGUGUCGCUCGGUUGCUUCGGGGUCCCUUGAGUCCGUCCCAGGACGCUCCGCCGGCCCCGCUGUCCCUGCGGCCGACGCCCAGCGAUCUGUGUGCGCUACAAGCCGCCUGUCCGCUCCGCGCCGCUUCUGACACCUUAUUAGCACUCGAAAACGCUACUUCCCAUAGGCAGGUCAAUGACGCGCUCAACGUUCUCGAAAGUUACUUGAAUUUACUACCGUCGUCGUGUGUGACCGGUGCGGAGUUGGCCGCGUUGCCGUGGCACCACACGCGGCGGUUCCUCGCAGCGCCUCCUGCAUCUUCACGCGAUUCCACGUUGCUCAUCGCGCUUAUGCAGUUCAUACUCGUUUAUAUGGAUAACGUACCCAGUGAUCCCGCAACGAUGUCGUGGAUAAAAUCCUACUUUAUCGGGAGUGACUCUGUCGUCAUAUCGUUACUGAGCCGCGACCAGCUGCACCCUCAACAGACGCCGCAAGAGAACAUUGAGGUGACACAGCUGCACGUUCACAUCGUCAAAGUCAUACUCCGUUGUGUGAUGCUCCUGGAAUACGAUGAUUACGAUAGCGGCAAACUGGAGAGUUUAUUGAAGAUCUUGUUAGCCUGUUUGGAGAAGAUCGAUUUGAAAAAUUUUCAUAUGCUGGGAUACUUGAAUGAGUUAAUGCGCUGCAUACGAUACGUCUUGAAUUCUCGCUACUGCAAACUGUCUGAAGAUACGCUGCUACAAUGCUUACAAGUUAUGACGAGAACACUUAGCGGUUGCGCUGCAGGUGGCGGCUGUAAAGGACAGGCAUGUAGGUUGGAUGCACUGCUUGGGUUGCUCGCUCUGAUGCGACAGAUUCACGAGGAACAGAUACCAGUACAGAGAUGGUGUGAUUGUUGGACCGAGGAGGUGAUGCGUGCAGUAGCAAGUUGCGGGAGCGGCGCAUGCGCAUGUUUGCGCGCCGCCGCGCUACAGCUUAUGACUUGUGUGCUUCACCACGUGCAGCUACUACCACACCUCUUGCAGGCAAUUCCCGAAGAGUCCUUGUCGCUUUAUGCCUGCCGUAUAUUUUGCGAGCAGCAUGAAGCUAACGUGGUACGGGCAGCCGCCGGAAAUUUACUCGCCGCUAUAGCUGCGCGGUCUUCCCCGCACUCCGAUGUAUAUGAAUUAGAAGUGUUGGAACAAAUGAAGGAGAAUAGCUUUUUGGAAAAUUGUGUGGAGAUUUUAAUCGACUUCUGUAAUGAGAAGCAAUAUAAAAAUUAUUUAGAACUCAACGUCCCAUUAUCCGUACUAGAACGUCGUGCUGAACUCGAAGUACGGGCUCAGAAAUGUGGUGAUGUUCGCAUAUUACUUACUACGGCUCGACCGAGUGGACGGCCGCCGCCCACGGCUGAGUUAGUGACAGCACUAGCUGAUGUGGUUCACAACACUAGCGCCUUCACGCAGUGCCCGGUGCAAGCGUGGAAUGAACAAGGACUGUAUCGGUUAUUGUUCAGAUGUGCAUCGUGGCGCGGGGCCGGUGACGCACACGUGUCGAUACAGAAAGUGCGAGCCGCCGCCUCUCGUGCUCUCGCAUCUGCGGCAACUCAUAAGUCCGUCCGAGCUUCGCUGGCUGCCACUAAAGACUGCUUGUUCGGUCUUCUGACGUCUUUAACACCAUUGGUAGAAGAUGAAUUCGACGUAUAUACGAUACAGGCCCGUGCUCAGGGUUUGUUAUUGUUGGGAUCUCUACUUACUGAGCGAUCGGCUAGUGAUACAGUGUGGUAUGAACUAAGGGAUCGACAGUCUAUACCUUUCUUCAGUCUGUUACUACAGAGCCUGCAAAGCGAUGAAAUUGAAUUUCAGACGGCGGGUUUAUAUUGUUUGUCGCAGUUAACCGAAUCGGCAGCACAUAAGAAACACCCGGACAAGUCUAAAGAUAAAUCAUGGAUUGAAUUUUUUGAUAAUAUCAAAUCACCAUACACAUUGGGCCCAUUGAGCGAGAGAAGCGGCGCAGGGGAUGGGCUUACAAAUGAUUGUCGACCUGAGUAUAUGGCGGAAGAAUUAUGUAAAGCAGUUAUACAUAUAUAUCUGAAAUCGUCGCUGGAGAUGAAGAAAUAUCAAACAAGUCAAAACGAAGCGUGGGUGCGUGUGUGCAUAUGUGCAGCGCGGCUGAUGGGUGCGAGUGCGCGCGCGCGGCAGUACGGCGCGCAUCGGCGUCUGCCGCAUGCGCUGUCGCUUACGCUGCAUGCGCUGCGCGAUCACCUCUCUAUUGUCGGGAAGCCUGUCGACUUCAUACGGAAUGCGGACCGUAAUCCAGUUUUACACACAUUGUAUUGGUUGUUGAUCGUCAUCGAUUGUCAAAUGCUAAACUGUGUGGCGGCUAAAGAAGCAUUUGUAGAAGAUAACCUUACGGUGUCCCUAUGUCGACUAUGGCCGUGGUGCAUGAUGACGGAGCGUUUGCGGUUUACAAUUAUGCACCUGCUGUACACUUUUGUUAAUAAUUGUCCUAAAGCGUGGUCGGCGAUGUGCGUGUGCGUUUCGGGGCGUAGCGCGGCGGGUGAGGCGUGUGCGUUGGCGGCGCGCGAGGCGACGCUGGCCACGCGGCCGGCUCGCGCUGCCGCACGCGCGUCGCAUGCGCCACACGCGCUGCUGCUACUGUGCAUGGCCACGCUGCGCCGCAUUUUGUCGCACCACCAGUGCCGCUCUAUUUUCAUCAAGAGCGAGGUGUUGUCGUCCGUGCACAAGGUGUGGUGGCGGUGGCGCGCAUGCGCGGCGUGGGCGCGGCUGUGCGAAGCGCUGGCCCGGCACGCGGACGGCGCGGCGGCGCUACUGGUGCUGCCGGCGCGGCCGCCGCCCGCCGCGCAUGUCCGUUCGCAGCUGGCGCCCGCGCUUGCGCACGCAGCCGCGCACCAUCGACAUGUCUUCUUGCAGUCGCCGGAUCUCUUGGAAUUUCUUUCGGGCACGCUGUUGACGGGCGAUACAGAGGAACUGGUGUCGGCAGCUAGGGCUGUCUGGGCUUUGGCCGCAAAUAAUCAUAAGGCUAAGCUUCAGCUUCGAAGUGCCGGAGUGGUCGCAGCCGUGUAUUCAGCUCUACAGCGAUUGCAACGUGGACAGAGUGAUCCUGCAGCACAGCGAGCACUUCAACUCCUUACUUAUACAAAUAACAUCUUGCAAACUCCCUAACAAUUAUGUUAUUAUAUUAUGGCAAUGAAAUUAUAGGAUAUGAAAAUAUAACACUAUAGUUCUAUGAAUAUAGUUCUAUGAAUGGCAACGCAUGUAUCACAGUGUAUUCCCUGAUGCCUCUGAAGCUGUUCAUGUCUAUAGGCGACGAUUACCGUUUUUCUUCAGAUGGGCUGUCAGCUUGUUUGUGAUUUUUAAUUAUUAUAAAAAAGCAAUUUACUACGAUUUAUUAUGACAUGUUUUGUAAAUUGAACAAAGUGAAGUAGUAGAUCAUGAUUAUUAAAAAUAAAUUUCACGCCUGCUGGAAAGUA